AUGGUCACCGACAUUCCCGCCGAUAAGUUGACUCAUCUCUCCUACGCUUUUGCCAACGUCAACACUACCACUGGUUCAAUUUUUUUGAGCGAUGAGUGGGCCGACCUGCAGUAUUCCUACCCCGGCGAUGAUAACACUGCUCCUGGCACCAACGUCUACGGAAACAUCAAGCAGCUGUACCUCCUCAAGAAGGCUCACCGCAACUUCAAGACUAUUCUCUCCGUUGGGGGAUGGACCUACCGGACGAACUUUGCCCCCAUGCUGGCCUCCGAGACCAAGCGGCGCCAAUUCGUGGCCUCCGCAAUGGAGCUGGUGUCCGACCUCGGCUUCGACGGUCUUGAUGUCGACUACGAAUACGUCGACGGUGCCGAACAGGCCGCCCAGAUGGUCAGUCUGCUCAAGGAUCUGCGCGCUGGCUUCGACGCUCUGGAGAAGAAGCUGAACGCCACCUCCCCCUUCAUCAUCUCCUACGCGUCUCCCGCCGGACCCGAGAAGUACAAGCUGCUCGACCUCGCCAACAUGACUCCCUACGUCGACUUCUACAGCUUCAUGGCCCUCGACUACCAGGGUGGCUUCAGCAACUACUCCGGCCACCAGGCCAACCUCUUCACCGACGUGUUCAACCCCAAGUCGACCGACUUCGAGACCAACUCCGGCAUCCUGCACUACAUCUCGGCCGGAGCCCCCGCCAACAAGAUCCUGCUGCAGUCUCCCCUCUACGGCCGCUCCUUUAACCGGACCGCUGGCCCUGGUACCAAGUUCGCCGACGUUGGCACCCUGGGCAGCUUCGGCACCGCCGGUGUCUGGGACUACAAGGCGCUCCCCGUCCCCGGCUUCAACGCCAGUGUCGUCGAGUUGCCCGCCAUCGGCGCCAGCUACAGCUACGACGCCGCCCGCAAGUACAUGAUCUCCUACGACACCCCCGCGAUUGCCACGGUCAAGGCCGAGUACAUCAAGAGCCUUGGUCUUGGUGGUGCUGCAUGGUGGGAGGUCAGCAUGGACCGCAACGACACCAAGAGCUUGAUCAGCACGACCAUCAGCGCCUUUGGCGGUGCCGAGGCGCUCGAGAACAGAAAGAACAACCUCAACUAUCCUACCAGCAAGUAUGCCAACUUGCGCGCUGGGAUGCCUGGUCUGUGA